UUUUCUGUACUAAUCUUUUUAAUUAACCUAUAUAUUUAUCAUUUAUUUAUUUGGGUAAUUAGAGGGGAAAAAAAGACAGUAAUGCGUGUUUGUCAAGAUUGAUGGGUUCUGAAGCCACACUAAAACAAAACCUUAAACCUCCAGGCUCCGGCAUCGUAAACCCUAACAAAUCCAUCACCAAAGGCAAAGACGAACCAGUACUCCAGCAUAGAUGGCGUGGCUAAUCCGACCUACAAGAAAAACCAUUUCUUCUCCUUAUCUUAAAGCCCUACUUCUUCAUCAACACCUUCAACCCACCUCCCUGUUCACCACCAGAAACUACAUCUCCGACAUGCGAAAAGCUGCAUUUCAAGGUAACAUUUUGAGGCUCCUUCGUAACGAAAUCCAAUACGAGCACGAACGAUGCCCUCCCAAACAGCCUAUCACCGGAUUCAAUUCUUUUAUAGUUGAUGACAGACCAGGAGAGCAAUGGAUUAGAUUGAAAAGAAAAUUUGGAGAGAAAGAAGACAUUAGAAUUGAAGCAACGAUGUUUGAUGGGUCCAUUCCUGUCUCUGAUUCAGAAAGAGUAGGGGAUAAUGUGCAGCUUCAUAUAACAUUUAUUGUUAACAUAUCUAAGGGGGAUGAUAGUAAUGUCUUGGAGAUCAUGUGCUCAGCUUGGCCAGAUGCCAUUGUGAUUAAAAAACUUUUUGUUCGUGGCCGUAAUAGGACACCAGCUCAUCCUUACAUUGGUCCUGAGUUCAAGGAAUUGGAUGAUGAAAUGCAGGAUGCACUUCAUGAAUUCUUGGAGGAAAGGGGUAUAAAUGAUGAACUUGCUAUUUUCUUGCAUGAAUACAUGAAGAACAAGGAUAAAACUGAGUUCAUUAGAUGGUUGGGAAUUGUCAAAUCUUUUAUGGAGAAGAAAUAGAGAUAUGUUUUGCUGUGUUCCUGCUGACUUCUUUCUAUUUUAGUUACCGAAAAGAUUAGUUGC